UGGGAGCAGAGUCCUGCAGGGAGAUGGGCGGUCGCCUUCCCCCGUCUGUCUCUCUCCAGGACUCUGCGUGCGGGGGGCGGAGCGGCCCCGAGCGCCAAGCAACAUGAGCAGCGAGUGUGUGUUACCCUACUACACAGCCCACAGCUACCGCUCCAUGGGCGUGUUCAACACCUCCAUGGGCGACCUCCAGCGGCAGCUCUACAGGGGCGGGGAGUACGACAUCUUCAAGUACGCGCCCAUGUUCGAGAGCGACUUCAUCCAGAUCAGCAAGAAGGGGGAAGUGAUCGACGUGCACAACCGUGUCCGCAUGGUGACCGUGGGCAUCGCUUCCACCAGCCCCAUCCUGCCGCUCCCCGACGUCAUGCUGCUGGCCCGGCCCGCCAAGGUCUGCGAGGAGCACACCGCCCGCCCCCCCAGGCCCCCCAAGGGCAGGGCCCGCAAGCCCGCCAAAGCCCUGGAGCUCACCAGGCUGCUACCCUUGAAGUUCGUCAAGAUCUCCAUCCACGACCGAGAGAAGCAGCAGCUGCGCCUCAAGCUGGCCACUGGCCGCACGUUCUACCUGCAGCUCUGCCCCUCCUCCGACGCCCGCGAAGACCUCUUCUGCUACUGGGAGAAGCUCAUCUACCUCCUGCGGCCACCGGUGGAGAGCUGCAGCAGCACCCCCACAGCCCCCACCCACGACGCCAUCGAAGACAACAAGAGCCUUCUGAGCGCAGACCUGCACGGAGAAGGGGACCAGAAGGAGGGCAGGCACCAUAAGCACCGUGACGUGCAUGGCGUGUCAUCAGCAGCCUACGCAGGGGGAGAAGGCAUCCCACAGUCCCGCCACGCUGUGCCCCCGGGCCCGGGCUCCCUGUCAGGAGGCUUGGCCCUUUCAGGGGCCAGUCCCUCCGGGGCCAUAGCCAUGGCGGGCACCGGCUCCAGCGCAGGCACAGGGGGCGCUGUAAGCCUGGCUGCCAGCAAGGCAGGGGGCCCGGUGAGCGCGUCUCUGGCGGGUGUGCUGACCAGGACCUCAGGCUGCGAGUGCGGCCCGGCCCCGGCCAUCGCGGGUGCCACCAGCCUGUCCUCGGAGCGCGCUGGCCUGGCCUUGGCGGGGACAACCAGCUCCACCUCUUUGGGCGCGUCGUCGGCGGCGACCAGCGCGGCCCAGGGCAGCAGCCUGAGCGUGGUGUUCGCGGGUGCGGUGACCACGGGCGCUGAGGGCCAGUCUCCACCACCGCUGGUGUCCACCCUGCAGAGCGAGGGCUACAUGAGCGAGCGCGACGGGAGCCAACGGGUGCCCCCACCCUGCCCUGAGCCCCGGAAAGACAAGAAGGAGCGAAAGGACAAGAAAGACGACAAGAAGUCCUCCUCCAGGAAGAGCUCCCGCCACCGGAGGGCAGGGGACAGUCACCACCACCGGGGCCGGGGGGACAAGUCCGGCCGCAAGUCAUCAUCCCACCGCUCGCUGUCAGGCCACCACAGCAGCAAGAAAGAAGACAAGAAGGAAAAGAAGCAUAGCACCAGGGACAAAGGACACAGCACUCACAAAAGCACCAGCCACACUUCCACCAGCAAGGAGUCCAGGAUGGGCCACAAAGUGGGCAGGAGCCGCUCUACUAACAGCUCAGGCUCCCUGAGUAAGAAAUCCAGUAAAAUCGGCUCUUUCUUCCGGAGCUUCAAAGCCAGCUCGACCUCGAAGUCACAUGCUACCUCCAAGGACAAAGAGGUGGACAUCGUGGCCAAAUCGGUGGAGACACACAAUGUCAAGGCCAAGAUGGAGAGAACCUCCCCCAACCAAGACAUAGAGAUCUGUGGGUCAGUAACAUCUGAGACAAAGGAGACCAUAGUCUUUGAAGCCAAAUCUGUUUAAGCAGGAGCUUGGGCAGUAAGCCGGGAAGGAGACCCUGUUCCAGGGAACCAGUUGCUCCUAGAGAGUCCAUUUCAGCUGUCUUUAAUAAAAAGGAAACAUACAACUCUAA